GCAAAAACUAAAUCUUCAUCCAGUAAGUACUAUGUACAAUUGGAUGUAUACUACCCAUUGUAGUGUCUUGAUAUGUUGUAUUGUAUUCCAGAUGCGGCAGUUGUGAAGUCAGUGCCAGGAUGAAAUUGAACAAUAAGCGAGCGGAAUUGAGUCCAUAGCGUGACCCAUAAGAUUGAAUGCACUAAUUGUGCUUAUUUGUAGAUCUACAUCCGAUGCGUAGUCCUCAAUGCAUUCCGCAAAUCAAAUCCCACAUGCCACCGAAAUGACGCAGUAUGCAAUCGAAAUCGUUGAAUGAGAAAAACUGAUUAGUGUGUAUGAUCAGGAAUCCGUAAAUACACGUUACGAAAAACUGGAUUUUCUGAUUUUGGGAAUACUUGAUCGUUGACUUUUAUAUUCAGGAUGCAAAUAUCGCCUAAAAAAGAAAAAACUCGCUCAGUGUAUGACCUAAUAAACGCGUUUGAAUUUUAAAACAUCCUAUUCACCUCGCCAUAAACUAGCAAGAGUCUCGUCAAUGUCAAAAGCAAAGAAAGAGAUCGAGUCUAGCAUUAGACAGACUAGAAAUAAUACACAUUUCCUUCGUGAGAAGAAGAAAUGUGGAGCUCCAAGGACUUUCUUGAAGGAUAUCUUAAAACUCGCCAAUACCGAGAAUAGUGGCGUCGCGUUCUGUUGCAAAAACGCCUGUGGAUUUAAGAUCCUCAACGAGAUGUUGAAGGUGUCACUCGGAAUUAUCAAGGAGGCUGAAUGGGGGAGGCCACUUACGCCUAGGGAAACCGGCAAGCUUGUUCCUACAUUUCAGAAAAGUUGCCAAAACUACUUCAUCUCCACCGAUGAAUGUGUAGCUGGUGCAUGCUCUAAGAGAAAGAGUGCAAUGAAGGACGGCUUUGAAUUCGUCAACACACUUUACAAGUUCCCAACACCAUUUAAGGUUGACGACGUAGCCAGCUACCUCGCUAUCCCAAACAAAAACGUCGCCGAGAAGAAAGCACCGAAGAACGCCAAGGCUGUCGUUCCGUCGGAUGUUACUACCCCAAAAAGCGAGAAAUCCAGUGAAUGCAGUGAACGUAUGGAAGCCCUAUCAGUGACCACAAAUAUGUCAAACAGACGUCCAAACAAAGGGAAAAAGCGCGCAGAAGAACCAUCAGUUGAGGGAACAACUUGCCAUCCACAGAAAUCCCCAACAUCACUGCCAAUCUC